GGAACGACGGAAUAUACGGACGCAAUUGCAAUUUCAGCAGUCGCAAUUAAGUCAUCAGUCGAAAUAGUGGCGGCGGUGGAAUUCGGUUCGGAUUAUUUUUACCUGUGCGUUGAGGAGAGCCCCAAACCAGCAAACCAACAACCAACCGCGUCGAAAUGUCUCGCGAUGAGUUCGAGGAGCUGCUCUACUACGUGGUAGAGCUGAAGGACAAACUGAAUGCCAAGCUGGACGAGCAGUGUGCCAAAAUAAAUCACCAAGGUUCGAUCAUAAAUCAGCAAGGCCAAAUUGUGGACGAACUUUGCUGGCAGCUGCGGGAGCUCAGCGAGAAAACCCGCGAGCUGCGAGCGGAGAAUCGACGGCUAACGGAGCGGUUGGAUCGGUUCUGUCCCCGGUGCACCGGAUGUCGGUGCGAGUCUAGUACGUACGAGAAUCAUCUCGCCGAAAGGUAUAACGAGCUGUCGAUGGAGGUCGAGUGCGGGGGCAAAAAGCAGGCUUGCUCCUCCGCCACCACCGUAAUUAGUGAUUGUAGUGAUAAAGAGGUUAAGUCGAUUGAAGACCAACUGCAGGAGCCGAAUAAAGUGGACGGCUAUUCUCAGGUGACAAAGAAACGCGAUACUAACACCUUGAAAAAGAAGUGGCUGUUCGGAGGGAAAGGAGAAGCGACGAAUGGGAAUCCCACAAAGUCGCUACCGGUGCAGGCCAGAAGCAACACCGUGUGGUAUCUGGACGAUGUCAGCAUCUACGAACCGAUCGAACUGUCCGCUAAGCCAUCAACCCGUGCGCAGCUGGAGAAAAUCAGUGCCGAAGUAAUGUCCUCAAGCAGCUGUGCACCGAAACCAGCUCCGCGAAGAUUGUACGCAGCCCAUGCCGUGGACAAUCUGGCCGAAUAUUUUGGCGAACAGACGACCGACCAGGAACAGACCAACAGUAUCAGCAGUGACGACGCGGGUGUUUUGCUGAGGCCCACUCGAAUGAAGCAGUUCAGUUCGGAGUCACAACGGGGCAGCAGUAAGGUGGCCUGCAGUCAGAUUUCGGAUCUGGAGCAGUCCUACCUGCCGACCGAGCAAAGCAUCGCCGCAGAAAACUUUGUUCGAUUCACAAUCAACAGCCGACCGGCAACGACGGCUGUUGCUACCGGUGCUGCCGAAUCAGGAAACGUGCCAGACAACCGCCGGCAUGCAAUCCGUUCCUACAUGUGAACCGCUCGCCGUACAAUUCGUACCGUAAACAAGAAAUUAGAAUAUCGAAUAAGGAAUAAAACCGCGCUCGCUUUAC